AUGGCCUCCAAACGAUACGCCAAUGCCAACAACAAGUACAUUCCUGGUCAUGACCCCGGCAAACCGACCACACACAUACUCUAUCUUGAUGCCAACAACCUGUACGGCUGGGCCUUGCGUGAGUUAGUUCACAGUGAUACAGUGGGAGACUAUGUAGCUCACCAUAAUACAGUGGUAGACCAUGUAGCUCACAGUGAUUCAGUGGGAGACCAUGUAGCUAACAGUGAUACAGUGGUAGACUAUGUAGCUCACAGCGAUACAGUGGUAGACCAUGUAGCUCACAGUGGUACAGUGGGAGACCAUGUAGCUCACAGUGAUACAGUGGCAGACCAUGUAGCUAACAGUGAUACAGUGGUAGACUAUGUAGCUCACAGCGAUACAGUGGGAGACCAUGUAGCUCACAGUGAUACAGUGGUAGACCAUGUAGCUCACAGUGGUACAGUGGGAGACCAUGUAGCUAACAGUGAUACAGUAGGAGACCAUGUAGCUAACAGUGAUACAGUAGGAGACCAUGUAGCUCACAGUGGUACAGUGGUAGACCAUGUAGCUCACAGUGGUACAGUGGUAGACCAUGUAGCUCACAGUGGUACAGUGGUAGACCAUGUAGCUCACAGUGGUACAGUGGGAGACCAUGUAGCUCACAGUGAUACAGUAGGAGACCAUGUAGCUAACAGUGAUACAGUAGGAGACCAUGUAGCUCACAGUGGUACAGUGGGAGACCAUGUAGCUCACAGUGGUACAGUGGUAGACCAUGUAGCUCACAGUGGUACAGUGGUAGACCAUGUAGCUCACCAUAAUACAGUGGUAGACCAUGUAGCUCACAGUGGUACAGUGGGAGACCAUGUAGUUCACAGUGGUACAGUGGUAGACCAUGUAGCUAACAGUGAUACAGUAGGAGACCAUGUAGCUCACAGUGAUACAGUAGGAGACCAUGUAGCUCACAGUGGUACAUUAGGAGACCAUGUAGCUCACAGUGAUACAGUAGGAGACCAUGUAGCUCACAGUGGUACAGUAGGAGACCAUGUAGCUAACAGUGAUACAGUAGGAGACCAUGUAGCUCACAGUGGUACAGUGGGAGACCAUGUAGCUCACAGUGAUACAGUGGUAGACCAUGUAGUUCACAGUGAUAGAGUGGUAGACUAUGUAGUUACACCGUGA